CAUCAAGGAGGGUGCCAUCGCAUCACCCAUGUAUGGCCUCAAGGUGCAAGACAUAAGGGACCUCCAUCGGCCGGUACUGAUAUAAGUUAUUAUAAUAUAUAUUAUGAGGAUUUAUUUUUGGAAAACAUUGCCGCACAACAGGGGUUUAGCUGGUUGCGGAACAUGCACAACAACGCAGACAUGCACUAUUUAUAUAUUACGUACUAUACUGUAAAUAUCUAUUUUUAUGCGUAUGAUACAUAAGUGCGUGACAUUCGGAAUCUAUAGUCUACUUUGAUCCUUUCUGCGAAUGAGACCAACGCUUUUUGGCUUUGGCAUCAGCUUUUGUUCAAGCAGAGUAUACAGUGUUCGCGCUAGUUUUCUAAGCAAAGGGCUUGGCAGACUUUGGCAAAGGCAUGGCCUCUCUUGCAAAUGCUGUGCUUGUGGACACUUUGGAGCAAUGUCAAGAUGCAGUUGCCCAGUUGUCCCAGGAGACUGAGGUGGCCAUUGACAUUGAAGGAGUUGAAUUGAGCCGAGCAGGCGAAGUUUGCUUGAUUCAGAUCUGUGGCCCCUCGAGCGACAAGGUCUUUCUGUUUGACAUCCACACACUGAAGGACAAAGCCUUUGAAGAGGGGGGCUUGAAGAAGUUGCUGGAGUCUGAUGUGAUAAAGGUGUUUUAUGAUUUGCGCACAGACAAUGAUGCUUUGCACCACUUACAUCAAGUUCAUGUGCGAGCUUCUUACGAUCUGCAAGUCUUGCGCCAGCUGAAGUUUCAGGAUUCCACAGACAUCUACCUACAUGGGCUGAAGAGAGUACUCGCAGGUUUCCUUAAGGAGUCCAACUGUUUGACUGAGGAGCAAGUUCACAAGGUAGAUGCCGUGAAAGAACAAGGGCACGAGCUUUUUACCCCGGAGAAUGGUGGAACUCAACUAUGGAAGGAACGGCCGCUGAGACCCAUUCUGGUGGACUACGCUGCCAUCGAUGUACAGUUCUUAUUGCACAUGAAGCGUUUGUGGACCCCGAACGAUCCAGCGGAAGCAGCGCAACUCCAUCAGGACGUCAUGAAGGCUAGCGAACAUCGCUUAAAGUGUUUUGUAGCUUUGCCGCAGGAGGACGCACUGAAUCAAUCUGCUAAGAAGCUCAGGGAUUUCUACGAAGCCAGCGACACAUCGCGUAUCCUUCAUGUGCCAAGUCACAAGAAAGGCGCUUUGAUUGGCAAGAAGGGGGCCAACAUCGAAGCAAUCCAGGCCAAGUCAGGUGCAAAGGUUUGCCUAAAAGAUGACGUUGCGCUGGUGAUUGGACUACCUCAGCAAGUGGAAGCCGCAGUGCAGCUGAUCCUUCCAAAGAUUGCCUCCCGCUGAUGUAAUUGAAAAGACUACCUUUGAGGUGACGAAAAGGAUGUCCAUGGAUGAUCCUUGUUGUAUGUUCGAGUCCCACCCAGACGAAUUGCUUCGCUGCCCGAAAUCUGGAGCGCAUUCGGAGAGGAAAGUGGCACCUAUGGCUUCGCCCGAUGGGAGAAGCCAUCGGAUCCUGCACCUCGCUAUCAGUUCGGUACUGCAGGUCACUCGUUGUUGAGGGGCCAACAUACUGCAACCACUAUUUAGGAACAUGUUCACAGGAUUUUUCCAGGGCUUAGAAUUUCGUUGGAGUUCUUUGGGGAGUCCUAGACUUGGAAGGACGGCCUGCUAUGAAUCCAAACAGCUUUUUCCCAGUAUAUAGCUAGUGACUUUUUGAAAACUCUUGUCAUGAAUCCCCAAACUGUAUAACGA